CACUGCCGCAAUGCCACUGCAACACUGGUUUUUUUUGUCUCUGGUUCUUUUUCAUGGCUGACUUUCUAAGGAUCGUUCUACAGUCAUGAAGCUGAACGUCUCCUACCCGGCUACGGGAUGUCAGAAGUUAUUCGAAGUGGUGGAUGAGCACAAGCUCCGCAUCUUCUACGAGAAGCGAAUGGGCGCUGAAGUAGAAGCGGAUCAACUAGGAGACGAAUGGAAGGGCUACGUACUCCGUGUCGCCGGCGGCAAUGACAAGCAAGGUUUCCCUAUGAAACAAGGAGUUCUGACCAACAGUCGUGUGCGUUUGUUGAUGUCGAAGGGCCACUCAUGCUACAGACCACGUCGUGAUGGUGAGAGGAAACGCAAGUCUGUCCGUGGUUGCAUUGUUGAUGCCAAUCUCUCUGUACUCGCUCUUGUUAUUGUCCGCAAGGGUGCCCAGGAAAUUCCCGGACUCACUGACGGCAAUGUACCCCGCCGUCUUGGACCUAAGCGUGCGUCUAAAAUCCGUAAGCUCUUCAAUUUGACUAAAGAGGAUGAUGUUCGUCGCUAUGUUGUCAAGCGUCUCCUGCCAGCCAAAGAAGGCAAGGAGAAUGCAAAACCCAGAUAUAAGGCCCCCAAGAUUCAAAGGCUAGUCACACCUGUCGUUCUGCAGCGCAGACGUCACCGUCUGGCACUUAAGAAGAAGCGUCUGGCUAAACGCAAGUCAUCCGAGGCUGAAUAUGCCAAGUUGCUUGCUCAAAGAAAGAAGGAAUCCAAGGUACGGCGCCAGGAAGAAAUUAAACGCAGGCGUUCGGCUUCAAUUCGCGAUUCAAAGAGUUCCAGCCAGAGUGCUCCCCAAAAGUGAUCAACUCUAUUAUUAUUAUAAUAAAAAAAAGUAAAACCUAA